AGGGAGCAACCAGGAAUCCUCCUCACAUCACCUCCCCACGGCCGCGAAAGCAAACACUCCUCCUCAAGGCUGCAGAGGACGAGAGUUGAGCUCCACGCGAGUGUGCGUCUGCACAAAGCUGGUCACCUGGAGCCCGUUUUUGGGCGCCCUCCUCCUCACCCGCUCCCGGCAAGCAAGAGCGCUCCUUUCCCCGCUGCGUUCAGGGCCCGUGGCGGCAGCAUGGAGACUCCACGCUGCUGAAGUCUGCUCGGAUUCUUCCUGUUUUGCUUCAUUCUAAAUGAUGAAUAGUUGACAGCUUUCGAAGACAUCAAAUCAAGGGCAAGGUGUCUGGAUAAAGAAGAUAAGACUCUUUCCUUUGGAGGCAGAUCAGCGUCAUGGCUGCUUAUGGACAGACCCAGUACAGCCCCGCCCUGCAGCCUGCAGGACCUUACGCACCUUACAGCCACCACACACCAGGCUACAGUGUGCCAUCCUACAACAUUAAAACAGAGGACGGUUUGAGCCAUUCUCCAGGACAAACGGGCCUACUGGGCUAUACAAACUUCAGCGGCACACCUCCCAGCCAAAGCCUCUACAGCUAUUCUCACACACAUGGUGGUGGUAUUUCAUCUGGAAUUUUUCAAGGCACCCAUGCAAUAUCGGGUUCAACUCCAUUCAACCCUACACAGCAAGAGUUUUCAUCGUAUUCAAGCUAUUCUCAGAGUCAGUACUCUCCAUAUUAUAAUUCCCAUCACUACAACAGCCCGUAUCUGGCUGGCAGCAGCAUCAGCCCUCCAUCUAUCACAGCUCCAUUAGCCUAUCAGCACCCAGAUCAUCCUGCCAUGAUGCCCAAUCACAGCCCAGAGUCACACACAGGGGAGUACCACCCACCACCCAGCCCCCCAACGCCAGGUAAAGAGGAGGGGGUUCCAACUCGAAGGGGGUCAGAUGGCAAGUUGAGAGGAAGAAAAAGAGUCAGCGACCCCACGCCUCCCUUGGACUCUGAUAUAGAGCGAGUGUUUAUCUGGGAUCUGGAUGAAACCAUCAUCAUUUUUCACUCUCUCCUCACGGGAACUUUCUCCUCGCGAUUUGGCAAGGACUCGUCAAAGGCUGUAUCUCUGGGUUUGUGGAUGGAAGAAAUGAUCUUUAAUCUGGCUGAUUUGAGACUCUUCUUUAAUGACUUAGAGGAAUGCGACCAGGUUCAUAUUGAUGACGUGGCAUCAGACGACAAUGGACAGGACCUUAGCACCUACAACUUUGGAUCGGAUGGCUUCCAGAGUCCAGCAGGAGCAGGCUCCUUGUGCUUGGGAUCAGGGGUCCAUGGAGGCGUGGACUGGAUGAGGAAACUGGCUUUCCGAUACCGUAGAGUCAAGGAGAUCUACAACACAUACAAGAAUAAUGUUGGAGGUUUACUCGGAAGCCCCAAGAGAGAGGAGUGGUUACAGCUGAGGAGGGAGAUGGAAGUCCUAACUGACCUGUGGCUGACUCAUGCGCUCAAAGCCUUGGCUCUCAUCACUUCAAGGCCUAACUGUGUCAACGUGUUGGUGACCACCACCCAGCUCAUCCCUGCCCUUUCCAAGGUUUUACUGUAUGGUCUUGGUUCAGCUUUUCCUAUUGAGAACAUUUACAGUGCCACCAAAACAGGAAAGGAGAGCUGUUUUGAGCGGGUAACUCAGAGGUUUGGAAGGAGAGCAGUCUAUGUGGUGAUAGGAGAUGGAGCAGAAGAGGAGACCGUGGCCAAGAAGAAAAACAUGCCAUUCUGGAGGGUGUCAUGUCAGGCUGAUUUGGAAGCGUUGAGCCAUGCACUGGAGCUUGACUACCUCUAGAGGGCGCCAGCUAUCAAGAUCUCAAACGUCUUGGUUCUGCAGCGGGAGAAAGGUGCAAAUCCUUAUGCAGACAAACUAUAUUCAACCAAAGCCAGAAGAAGAUUUUGCUUUAUGAAUCUUGUCUUCAUUCAGACACCAUGAAGCUGGAAGGGCAGGACCAAAAAAAGAGACCAAAAA